AUGGAUGCCAUACUCUUUGUUUUGAUCCUCGAAGUGGUCCUUCUCCAAAUGCAAAUUUUAGAGAGACGUGCUCUCCAGAAUGUUGAACUAUUCUCCGCUUCAGACAAGAAGAAAAGACAUCAACGUGAUAAGCUCUCUAGAGAUCGAAUAUUGGUGACAGACGUCAUUAGAACAACUUUGCUGCAAGUGGCUGAAGAAGGUCAUUAUCUGGCUCUUUAUCAAGCUGUGGACAUCUUAAAUCAAUCGUCAUCUACAAUUACAUCAAUGCAGCUAAACCAUGAUCGUUUGAAAACAUUAAUUCAAAAUGUUAAGCAUCAACUGAUAACAAAACGAUCUCACUGGGAACUACAGCUGCGUAACUAUGAUGAAAAAGUUGCUUCACUGAAAGAUGAGUUUAGAGAUUCCCAACUGAAUGCAAAAGUACGACUUUGCUUUGCAGAGAAAUACAUGUAUGCCACCGCCGAAGUGUUAGAAUUACAAUAUCAAAUCAAGCCAUCUCCUUUACCACGCCCAGAUCACGAGCAACGUGUGCACACAGAAAUAUUGCAAGCUUAUGAAUUUCAAAUAAAAGAACGAGAGGAAUUGCUGGAGUAUUGGAAAAUUAAGCACAAUGACGACACUACCAAGAUUAGAGAACAAGUAAUAGAACAACGUGAAAAGUUGCGCGUGACCAUUGCUCGCCGUGAAGAACUACAAAAAUUGUUCAGUUACCAUGCUGGUGAAAUGCGAGCUUGGUCAACAUUUAAGAGAGAACGAGCGGCUCGGUUAGCCCGAGAGGAGAGAUCGCGAGCGGCUGCCACAAGGAUCCAAGCUUGGUGGCGUGGCCUCAUGGUCCGCCGAGCACUUGGUUCCUUCAAGCAUUUGAAAAACACUAAAAAAGCUGUUGUAAAAAAUAAGAAAAAAUAA